CGGCUUGGCUACUCUACUGGGAGCGAGCGCCACUGUGCCGCAGCCGACGCCACGGCUACUGGCUCCAGUCCUGCUCCUGCCUGCAUCCCCUGUUCCUCGGCUACUCGGCGAAACCUUAUCUUUUCCCCGUAUGCCCAGCCCACCACUACUCCACUAGGGAGAAAGAAACAUACGCAUGCCACCAACGCAGCGACCUCAGAACCUCUCAGAUACGCAUCAGUUGGCAGAAGCAAAGCUGCCGAGGGGAGGAGCCAUAAGUAGUAGAGAGAAGGGGGACGGCGUGCGGCGUGGUGCUGGUACCCGCAGCCCGCAAGUAAACGAUACCGACACCGAGAAGCAGCCACGCACGCGCGGAGCGAGAGCGAGAAGCGAGCGGGCAAGUUAGCUAGCUAGUGCCGUCGGCCACAGCCCGCCAUGUCGGCGCUAGUGGACGCGCUGUGCGCGCCGCCCGGCGACGCGGCGCUCAUCUACGACACCUUCAACGCCGCCAGCUUCCUCUUCGACGGCGCCGCGGCGGCGGCGCUCUACGACGGCGCCGGCAUUGCCGUCGUCCCGCCGCUUGCGCAGCAGCAGGCGGCCGGGGAGGUGGCGCCGCUGGGUGAUGAGGCGCAGGCGGCGACGUCGUCGGCGCCGACCAGGGUCAGGAAGCGGCGGCGGCGGGCGCGGAGCUGCAAGUCCCGGGAGGAGACCGAGACCCAGCGGAUGACGCACAUCGCCGUGGAGCGCAACCGCCGCCGCCAGAUGAACGAGUACCUCGCCGUGCUCCGCUCCCUCAUGCCGGAGCCCUACGUCCAGAGGGGCGACCAAGCUUCCAUUGUCGGAGGGGCAAUCGAGUACGUGAAGGAGCUCGAGCAGCAGCUGCAGUGCCUCGAGGCGCAGAAGCGAACGCUGCUGGUUCAUCAGCACAAGGCCGCCAUGCCGGACGCGACGCCGAUGCACCACUCCGGUAGCAGCACCAAGACGGAGUCCGCGACGCCGCCGCCGACGCCGAGCAACUGCAGCAGCAGCGUGACCGAGGACGCGGCGGACCACGCGCCGCCGCCGCCGUUCGCGCAGUUCUUCACGUACCCGCAGUACGUGUGGUGCCACUCGCCGCGCGGCCCCGCGGCGGCGGCGGAGGACGCCGGGCGGCCGGGGGUGGCCGACAUCGAGGUGACGCUGGUGGAAACGCACGCCAGCCUCCGCGUGAUGACGCCGCGGCGGCCCGGGCAGCUGCUCGGCCUGGUCACGGGCCUGCAGGCGCUCCGGCUCGCCGUGCUCCACCUCAGCGUCACCACGCUGGACGCCCUGGUCCUCUACACCAUCAGCGUCAAGAUCGAGGAAGGCUGCGGCCUGGCGACGGUGGACGACAUCGCCGCCGCCGUGCACCACGUGCUCUGCAUCAUCGACGCCGAGGCCACCGAGCAGCAGCAGAUGCUCGCCGCCGCGGGCCCGCGAUAAAGGCCUCCCGGCCGCGAGCCGUUCGAGUUCGACGACGUCCCCGGCGAUCGAGGUCGGUCGAGGAGAGAACCAUUGCUGCAGGAUGCCGUGGCCCCAAUCACGCACACGGCCGGGUCCUUUUCGGCCGAGGCGCGGGGCUUGUGAGCGAGCGGUGCCAAGGCGCGUCUCCUGUGCUUGCCGUGCGUCUCCCCCCGUUUUUGCUGUGGAACUGCCGUUUUGCAGGGUUCGUGUGGGACGUCUCGUCGUAACUGUGUAGUUUGUUCCUUUUUCUCUCACUGUUUUUUUUAUUGUUUUUCUAGAUGUCCAAGCGUGUUGUUGGCAUGUCGUCGCAAUGUUUCGUCUCGCAUUCUAUGUGUGAUGGUUAGCUUCUUCUCCUGCCACAUAUAUGUUCCAGAGCCGCCUGUUCCUCUCU